AUGCCUCCGCAGCUUCGAAUACCGAUCUUUGUAACGCUGCCAGUCGGUCAAGAUGAAUCUCGCAGAUUGCUUUCUCGGAAAACCAGGGAGCAGCCUUCCAAAGAAGCACAGAUCGUAGGCGCUGUUCUCGGUGGCAUCUUUGCCCUCAUCAUCAUAUACUUCUGCACCCGGUCCCUCUGGAGAAAAUGCCUUGGACCUCGAGGCGGGAAGUACAAACAAACAGAGCGAGAGGACGACUCUCCGACAACUCGACAGAUCAAUAGAGAGGCCCAGGAUAACCUGGAGGACGCAUUGGCUGGCGCACAAGCACAGAAUGGCGCCACCAACAACAACUUGGCGGCCGUCGAUCGGUCCACAUCAGUUCGCAGCGUUAUGACAUUGCCAGUGUACCGACCCAAAGCGACAGAAAACGAGCAGGUUCUGGGCAGGGAGGGCGAGCGCGAUGGUAUUGAUGUUGUCGUCGAGAUGCCGACGGCCGAGCAAGAGGAGGAGUUGCGCGAACAGGAAAUGGAAGCUCUCUAUCAGAUUCGGGCGGCAAGACGUCGACAACUAGCCGAUCGCGAGGAGAGGCGGCGGUUACGACGGGAAGCGCGCGAGGCGAACGAUGUGGUAGCUAUGCGGGAGUUGAGGGAACGGGGUCGAAGCGUGGCGGCGAUAAACACGGUGGAAAUCGAGGAGCUGAGGAACGAGCACGAGCGGUUGAAGGAAACGAGAGCGCGAGCGGUGAGCACUGUCGCGUAUGGCGACUUGGGAGUUGCAAGGGCAGAUGGGACUAGGAUCCGGGCGAAUAGUACCGACAGCGAACGGAUUGGUCUUCUCAGCGAUGCCGCGAGUAUCGGGGCGUCCACCCAACCAGAGAGCCUCCUGUUGAGGCGUGACAGGAGUCACAGUGCUGCGACUCUCAGUAUCGACACGACGAACCGCCCAAACACACCGAGCUUGACGACAGGAGGAAGCGCCUACAGCUUAAAUAGCGCAGGAUUAACCAGCGCCGGGUUACCAAGUGCUGGUUUGCCAAGCGCAGGAUUAUCAACCCGGUCGAGAGCAAACUCUGGAGCAAACACACCACGGGUACCGAGCGCAAUGGCCACCCCAAGAGCUGGGUCGAGUCCCGAGAUGAUCGAUACCGCAGACCUGGCCGACUUUGGAAUGCCACCGCCCGACUAUGACGAAGUGAGCUUGGACGACAUCACGCCUGGGCACUCACGUCGCAAUUCUGGGGUAUCAGCCUUAUCGGGCAGGAACAGCCCCUUCAACGAGCCACCCCCAGACUAUCCAGGCCCCGGACCAGCCAGGGCACGCAGCAACCGACUGUCGGCAGCCAUUCAGGACCUCGCCACACAGGCUCAGGAAGACCAAGAGCCUACAGGUCGGCCAGGGUUGAGACUGAGCCAGGUGCCACAGAUCGUUAUUGAACCGUCGAGCGCGAGACCAUGA